AUGAUAGCUUCGACCAACUUUAGCACCAUCCUUGUCGUGUUUUCUCUGCUGGCUAUCGCUGCCAAUGGGUUUCUGUCAUGUCCAAACAAUGCAGCCGGUUGUGCAAGGCGGUCCCAACAACUCUAUCAGUCCAAAAAGACAAGCAGUGAUUUCAAGCAAGAAGAAAUUAGUGAAAUGGAAGACCUGAUCCUCUCCCUGUCGCAGGAACCAACGGACGAGAGUCGACGAGGUCGUUUGCAGACCAUGUUUGACAAGGAACUGGCCAAGCCCAACGGGGCACCUCAGCAUUUUGCCGAUCUCUUUGACUGCACGCUGGUGAUGGUUGGCGAUCGAGUCAAGACGGAAGCUCAACAAGUGGCGGAAAAGCUCCAGGAAGAAGCAGAGGCAGCCAAAGGUGAUGGUGACGACGAUGAUGAAGAAGCAAAACCACCCGAGCUACCCGAAUCAUUCAAGAAGCAACAGCAACAAGUGUGGGCACUUGUCGAUAUGAUGAUCCAAUCCAAAACAAUUGUCAAAAAGGCAACUGGCACACUUGGGAGCAAAGGAACAUUCCAAUAA